UGAGGGAGCGUGGAGCAUGUGCUUUGCAGCAGUAGCCGACCCUUCUUUCGCUUAAUCAAUGAGAUAAGGGAACUAACUCAUCAUCCUUCUAUGAAUAAAAAGGACUCAUUUUUCAUCCCUCCUCAUCUCACGGAUCUUGCUUUCUCUCUCUCUCUCUCUCUCUCUCUCACUCUCUCUGCUUCAUCUUCUUCUUAUAUAACCUCCACUCAAAAACACCAUUUCUUCAUCCAAAUGGCCUCUUGGAAGAAAACCAUCACGACACCCUUCAAAAAAGCUUGCACCUUUUUCAACAACAACCCACCAAGGGAUCAAAAGAAGUCUCAACCAGAGCAAGAGAGGCGAGUGAUGGAUCUGCACGGGGAAGUGAUGGCAUGUGGGUAUGAAGAUGUUCAAGUUAUGUGGUCGAUUCUCGACAAGUCCAAAUCCACCAACUGCAAUAUACCCUCUUCAACCUGACCCUAUCCUUCUUCUUCUUCUACCAAUCAAUCGAAAAUGGCACUGCAGCAAUUAGCUAAUGUUUUUGUAUGCUAAUGUUUAAGGUCAUCCUCAUCAUCAAUGUAAUCCUCAUCCCAGAAAAUGAAAAAAAAAAUGCAGUUUAGUUUAGUUUAGUUUAGUGUAGUGUAGUGUAGAGGUGUUGUAAUUUGUGAGGUCAAAAUGUGAUGUGUUGUUGUAGGGAAUCCCCAUGAUUGAUGAGAAAAUCAUGGCGAGAUUGUUAUGAUGAAAUGUAGAUUAGAUUUUUUUUUAACUCUCUCUCGUUUAGUCAAUAGUCAAUGUUCAGAUUUCGAGACAGAAAAAUAUCUUAUAGAGGACACUGAACAUGGGACAGCGUGUUCGACUGUCAUGGUUCCUUUGUUGUUGGCCAUCAAUUAUUGAUGAUAAGAACAAUGAGGAUAACAUAAAAUUUUAUUCUA